AUAUAAUAUUUCUUCAUGUUAGUCAUUUGGGGAAAAAACACUGCUUUUGGUUUUCAGGAUUAUUACACAAUAAUCACAAACCCCAUGGAUCUGAGCACUAUCAAGAGGCGACUGCAGAACAGAUAUUACUGGGAGGCGAUGGAAUGUAUAAAUGACUUCAGCACCAUGUUCUCCAACUGCUAUAUGUACAACCGGCCUGGAGAUGACAUCAUUUUUAUGGCACAGACCUUGGAAAAGUUUUUUUUACAGAAAAUGUCCAAAAUGCCAAAUGACGAAGAGUUGAUGACUACAGUCGCUUCGGUGGAGCCUGGUAAGGUGAAAAAGAUAAACUCAGGUUCAAAAAAGCGGAGCGCUCUUGUGUCAGAAGUUCUUAACCAGAUGGUAACGGUCAAUCCUCCUGAUGUGCCUCACAUCAACCCACACACCCAGCUGUCUGCACAAACCAAUGCAACAAUUAAAAAAGGUUUGAAGAGGAAAGCAGACGUUGCCACCCCUACUGGUGGGGGCAUUUUGGCACCUUGCACAUUGUUCCCCAGGAAAGGGAACAGAAGGCCCAUCAGGACUCUUAAGAGGGAUUCGCCUGUGUCUGAGGACAAGAGAGUCAGACUGACUGAGCAGCUGAGGUACUGUGAAGGUAUCCUCAAGGAGAUGCUCUCAAAGAGGCACUAUCCAUAUGCAUGGCCCUUUUAUGCACCAGUUGAUGCAGUUGCUUUGGGUUUGCAUGACUACCAUGACAUCAUCAAGCAGCCUAUGGACCUGAGCACCAUCAGGAAAAAAAUGGACCAACGAGAGUAUGCAGACGCCAAGGAGUUUGCUGCUGAUGUCCAACUGAUGUUUUCCAACUGCUACAAGUACAAUCCUCCUUCACAUGAUGUGGUCUGCAUGGCAAGAAAACUGCAGGACGUGUUUGAGUCUCGUUUUCAGAACAUUCUUCAAGAACCAGAAUGCUGUUCCAUGUCUCUUCAGUGUAUUGAUAACCAGAAAGGAAGUCUCCUAACCUCUGAGAGCUCUGAAAAUAAAAGCUCCUCAGAGUCGGAGGGGUCUUCUGAUAUGGUUUCCAUGCAGCUGACUCAUCUAGAGGAGAAGUUGAAAGCUGUCAGCGAGCAGCUAAAGAGACUCACCCGAGAACCUUUGCUGAAACCUAAGAGGACAGAGAAGCUGAAAAAGGAAAAAAGACUGUAUGAAAAGGAUCUUGCUAGACUAAAAAUCAUAUCUACAAAGUACAAACCCAUUGUAGAAACUUAUUUGCAUGCAGACAGCCGUAAUUACAUAGGUCCUCUGAUAUGUAAGAAAGAGUUUUCAUCACUACCAAUGACUUACCAGGAGAAGAAGCAGUUAAAAUCUGACAUCAACAAGCUGCCUGGUGACAAACUGGGUGACUUGCUGAACAUUAUCAGAAACAGGGAGACUUGUAUACAAGAGACUUCCCCUGACAAGGUUGAAGUUGACUUUGAGCUACUCAAGACUGCCACACUGAGAACCUUACAGAGAUUUGUUGCAUCGUGUUUCACCAACUGCAAUGGCCAUGGGAAAAGUAAGUACAUCUAUGCUUGA